AUGAACAAUCCUGAUAUAUAUCUCCGCCGGCGGUACUGUGGAGUAGGCGACACUUGUGUGAAUCUGAUUGGACAUCAUAAAUGCGUGCAAGAUAAGACUGGAGCGAUAAUGAUAGGAGUAGGUGCAGGUUUUGGCGUCUUAGUCCUAGUAGCUGGAAUUUGGCUGCUUAAAAAGUUUUAUAAGAAGAGAAAGAUCACUCAGAGAAAAAAGAAGUUCUUCAAACGUAACGGGGGACUCUUGUUGCAGCAACAAUUAAAAACAAGAGAUGGCAACGUCGAGAAGACAAGAAUAUUCAGCUCCAGGGAGCUUGAAAAAGCCACUGCAAACUUCGGCGAGGACAGGAUACUUGGGCAGGGUGGUCAAGGUACUGUGUACAAGGGAAUGCUAGUAGAUGGUAGAACUGUUGCUGUCAAGAAAUCCAAAGUUGUGGAUGAAGACAAACUAGAGGAGUUCAUCAACGAGCUUGUCAUUCUCUCUCAGAUCAACCAUAGACAUGUCGUCAAACUUUUCGGGUGUUGUCUUGAAACAGAAGUUCCAGUUCUGGUUUAUGAAUUUAUCUCCAAUGGUAACCUUUUCCAGCAUAUUCAUGAAGAAUCUGAUGAUUACACAAUGAUAUGGGGCGUGCGCCUACGCAUUGCUGUAGAUAUCGCAGGAGCUCUUUCGUAUCUUCACUCUUCUGCGUGUUCUCCAAUUUAUCACAGAGAUGUCAAGUCAACAAACAUAUUAUUGGACGAGAAAUAUCGAGCCAAAGUGUCUGAUUUUGGUACUUCAAGAACAGUAACGGUGGAUCAUACUCACUGGACAGCUGUUAUUUCAGGUACGGUUGGAUAUGUGGAUCCAGAGUACUAUGGAUCUAGCCAAUAUACUGAUAAAAGUGAUGUCUAUAGCUUUGGAGUCAUCCUUGUUGAGUUAAUUACAGGAGAGAUGCCUGUAAUAACCCUACCAGAUUCUCAAGAAAUAAGAGGCUUAGCAGAUCAUUUCAGAGCUGCCAUGAAAAAGAACAAGUUAAUUGAUAUUAUGGAUGCUCGAAUUGGAGAUGCCUGCAAACCGGAGCAAGUAAAGGCAGUUGCUAAUCUAGCGAGGAGAUGUUUGAAUUCAAAAGGAAAGAAGCGGCCAUAUAUGAGAGAAGUAUUUACCGAGUUGGAGAAGAUAUGUUCAUCUCCAGAGGAUUCAUUGGUAAAGAUUGAAAAUGACGAUGGUGACGGUGACGAGGAAGAAGGAAUGGAUAUGAUCGUCAUAGCUGACUCAUGGACCGUUGGUGUUACUGCUCCGGUUGCUUCGGCUUCCUCGUCAGAUGUUAAACCAUUGCUUCCUCCUCCCACAUGGUAA